AUUUUUCAGACAGUAUCCAUGAAUGGUUUGUUUUUGAGAAACUCGAAGCGAGUGGUAUCCACGGUACUAGGAAGAAACGAACCAAUUUUUACAUCCAAACUCAUUUCUCUCAGAAUGGCUUCCACGGAGUACAAGAACAUCAUCGUCUCCACUAAAGGAGAAAAGUCCAAUGUUGGUCUAAUCCAACUCAACCGACCGAAGGCUUUGAAUGCUCUGAACACACCCUUGAUGGAGGAACUAAUUGCUGCCUUGAAGUUCUUUCAAGCUGAUGACUCAAUCGGCUGCUGUAUUAUAACUGGCAAUGAAAAGGCAUUUGCGGCAGGCGCUGACAUUACAGAAAUGUCCUCGUUGUCGUUCCAGACUCACUACAAAACCAAUUAUCUCGGAGACUGGAGUGAUAUUACUAAGAUUGCAAAGCCAAUUAUAGCUGCAGUUGAUGGCCAUGCUUUGGGCGGUGGUUGCGAACUAGCAAUGAUGUGUGACAUAAUUUACGCUGGCGAGAAAGCCUCUUUUUCCCAGCCAGAGAUAACUUUGGGCACCAUUCCGGGAGCAGGAGGAACCCAACGUCUCACGAGAGCAGUUGGGAAAUCACUGGCUAUGGAGAUGGUACUCUCGGCUAAGCGACUUUCGGCUGAAGAGGCGGAGAAGAAGGGAUUAGUCAGUGCAGUUUUUCCCUCGGGAGAGUUGUUGGAUAAGACAAUUGAGACGGCAGAGAAGAUUGCGAGCAUGCCCAAAAUGAUUGCGAUGAUGUGCAAGGAGUCUGUCAACAAUGCCUACGAGAUGAGCUUGUCUGAGGGAUGCAACUACGAGAGAAGAUUGUAUCAGUUUUCAUUCGCAACUAAUGACAACAAAGAGGGCAUGACUGCCUUCAAAGAGAAAAGAAAACCAACAUUCACUGACUUGUAAACUGAAAAACUGAAUUCAACUCGUAAAGUAAAAAACUGAAUGUUUGUAAGAUGAUUGAUUCUAUAUGCAUAUGUAAAAUGCAAAUUAUGAA